AUGGACAGGACAUCCUCUCGCACGUCUGGUGAUCCUGAAAAACAUGAAUCAAGUAUCAGUGAAGCCAGUGCAUCUGCGAAUCCUUCACCUGCCCUUCUGUUGGAUCCCGCCAUGCAGAAAAAAGUCUGGCGUAAAAUGGACCUGUGGAUCAUUCCCGUGGUGACCAUGUUUUACCUCCUGUCAUUUUUGGAUCGCUCAAACAUUGGAAACGCCCGAGUGGCGGGUCUCCAGAAAGAUCUUCAUAUGACCAACAAGCAAUACAGUAUAGCUCUAACUGUUACAUAUGUUCCUUAUAUUGCGGCAGAGCUUCCAUCGAAUCUUGUCCUUAAGAUCGUCGGGCCAAAUUGGCUGUUGCCAACGAUGCUAACCCUCUGGGGUAUUGUUACUGCGCUGCAAGGUGUUGUCACCACAUACGAGGGACUGUUGGCAUGUCGAUUUUUCCUUGGUCUUUUUGAGGGUGGUGUCUUCCCUGGCCUGGUGCUUUAUUUAUCGUUUUUCUAUCCUCGAUUGAUGCUUCAGUGGCGUGUGUCGGCCUUUUUCUCCGCCGCCUCGAUUUCAGGUGCUUUCUCCGGGUUGCUGGCAUAUGGAAUCGUUAACAUGGAUGGUGUGGGAGGUCGGAGAGGAUGGGAGUGGAUUUUUAUCUUGGAAGGUGUAUUCACCGUCGCAUUUGGCCUUGUUUCUUUCUUCCUUCUCCCAAGGUCUCCAGCUCAUGCUCACUUCCUAACGAAAGAAGAGAAGGAAUACGUUCAUGCAGUACUAAAAGAAGAUGGUGCCACCGGAAAGAGUGAAGCGGAUGACAACCACAGCUGGACGGAAGUUAUAAAGGCCUUCAAACUUCCACAGGUCUGGAUCUUGUCUGUUACGCUAUUCUUCGAUGGAACGAUCUUAUUUGGCCUUGCAUAUUUUGCCCCUUCAAUCGUCCAAGGUCUCGGCUAUACCGCGAAUAGGGCACAACUAAUGACUGUCCCUCCAUUUGCUGUAGCAUUCGGUCUGGCCAUGGUUGGUGCAUACGUAUCCGAUCGCUACCGAUGCCGAGGCUAUAUUACCAUGUUCGGUUCUUUGUUAUGUGUCAUUGGGUUUGCGAUGUUUCUGGGAUCUAACCGACAGAGAGUUCGAUACGGCUCCUUGUUCUUUUCCAUCCCAGGAACAUAUCUGGUUGCUCCUACCCUAUCUACUUGGAAUGCCAAUAACGCUGCCCCUUAUACGCGCCGAGCCACGGCCAUUGCAAUCGGUUUUAUUUUCACCAAUUCUGGAGGUAUUCUCGCUACGUGGCUCUUGGGAAAUCUUUCUCCAGGACCUGCUUACAAACUUGCAACGAGAGUCCUCCUGUCGUUCUCUGCCCUUAUGGUCGCCACCGCUGCUCUCAACACAUGGUAUUUGUGGAAUGAGAACAAAAAGAAGGCUGUUAUUAGGGGGAAAAUAACAAGAGAUCAAGAGAAGCCUGGUCUUGGUGACAGAUCUGCAUGGUUUGAGUACGCACUGUAG